AUUGAACUGUCUGAUUGAUGCUGAUCUGACGGGUGAGAGAGGGGGUGGCGAGGGCGUGAGGGAUGACAGUCUGCGUGAUGUCUGUGUGUUUGUGGCAGAUCUGUCACUCAAGGACUGCUGCUCUCAAUCUCGUCUGCGGCAGCGGGAUGAACCAAUCCCCGGGAUGCUUCACCGGCAUGUCCAGUGCCUGGCGAUGGCUGACAGGGCUGUUCACGGUGAGGCCAGCGAAGGCAGAAGCACCGCAUGCACAACUGAUGCCUGUCUGUUGGCGUUGAUUGCAGAUGUCGGCUGCUGCUCCUGACGGGGCUGGCACUUGUAGCACAUCAUCGGCUGCGUCUGCUGCCAAUGGUAACCCAACAUGUUCGCUGCAGAAAGACACACGGUUGCCGAUACACCUAAUAACACUGUGUGUGUGUGUGUGUGUGUGUGUAAUGGUCACAGGCGGCAAUCAGCGAGAGGGCGUUUCGUUCGCUGCCCUCCCUGCUGAAGUGACGCCGGCCAUCGCUGAGUGCCUCAGCAGCUAUGCCGACCUGUGUGCCUUCCGCCGCAUCGACAAGGGCCGCCAUGGCACACUCACCCCCACCGUCCUGCUGCCCAUUCUGCAGCGUCUGUUGGUCGUCCUGCCCUCCGCUGUCGGCCUCGGUUCUCUCGUCGUGUGUCUAAUCCCCCAGCUGCCGCUCCCUGAGGCACUCAGUCACGGCUGCUGCAUAACAGCACUCAUCAAAGAGCUUAGCCGGCGGCUGUGGAUGAUGGAGAGGGGCGGCAGCUGGGCCAGAUGGAAACCUGUGCUGGAGAUGCUGUAUCUGCUGAGAGGCAAGAGGCCACUGGUGCUGGGGGAUGACAACUUCGGCGUCUUCGGCAGCCGGGCGGCCUUCAUGAGGGAGACGGAGACGAUCCGCCAGUGGAAGAUGCUGAGCUGGGGGGUCACUAUUGGUUCCCAUCAGAGACCCCUGAUGGAUGGCGACAAGAUUCGCGACCGCUCGUUUGGCUAUCGUCUCCCCACCCUCCUCACCAAACCCAGCCCCCAUUUCCCCCAUGACACAUUCGACCCCGCCGACCCGCCCACCGACGACUGCGGCACUUAUGCCACCUACACUUCAAUGGCUGCCUUUGUCCUGCGCGGCUGGCUUGGUGACGGCGGCCACACCAGUUGCGCCAGAUACUGGCUGUCCGACCGUUUCACUUCUGCUGCAUCCCGGCGUGUGAGUGAGCUGCUGGCGGCCCCUCCCAGCGAUGUGGCACAAUGGGGGGCGACCGUAUUCGACAAGAGGCCGGGAUGGCAUUAUCGGCUGGUGGUGUUCGGCAGUGAGGCGAUGGGCGAGGGGGACAUGGCAGUCAUCGAGCUGACGGCUUCGGGGGAUCUGACGGAUUCGGGGGAUUGGACGAUGGGAGCUUGGCGCCUUGUGCACAUCUACACGACCGAGUCGGCCCCCCACGACCAGACGCGCUCUGUCGUGAUGCGAGUGCUGGGGGACCACCUGGGGGGCAUGGUGUGGCGAAGAGAGAGAGAGACGUGAAUGGGCGGCACGGUAGAUGGAGUACGGUGUGCUUGACUGAGGGUGAGGCAGGCAGGCAGACAGACAGACAGACAAGCAACGGCUUUCCCUCUCUCUCUCUCUGCCUGUAUGCGACCUGCGGGUGCGUCUGCGGUGCGGUGCUUUGCCUUGCCUUGCCUUGCCUUGUGUUGACUCUCUCUAGUGUGGAUGGGCUGGCAUGUGUGAGGCUAGCGUAUGGCGUGACUUGCGUGCUCAUCGCGUGUGCCUUGGCUGACUGAUACGUAUCAGUAGCAAGCAGUGAUUCAACUCUUCGUGUGUGCACUCAUUUAUGUGUGAGUGGACGCAUUGGGUUGAGACGACGGUCGUACGUCUUGCCUUUGUGAUGGGACAAGGCUGAUGUUUUUUCGUCGGUGCGCCUUUCUUUGUUCCUCCACCCUCAUGCGCCGAAGUGAUGUUCCGAUGGAGGAGCGCCAGGCUUAGCUCUGUGUGUGUGUGUUGUGAACGAAUGGAGACCAACUCAUACAGAUGUCUGAAUCCAGUGUCUGC